AUGCCUCUCAGGCACGACGACAAGGGACAGGCGUCGAUACAGACGCCUAGGCAACCGCUGGUGCAACCUGCGAUAUUAGAGCCGCCAGGAUAUUUUAUGUCUGGACCUGAGGUGAGCCGCGUGGGCAUGCGAAUGCCGGAGUUUUCGCCCACGGAUCCGGAAUUAUGGUUUAGCAUCAUAGACCGGAGUUUUCAAGCCGCAGGAAUAACGGUCGAUUCGACGAAGUUCGGGUACGCGUUGACGGCAAUCGGUCCGCGUUAUACCGCCGAGGUGCGAGACAUCGUACUGAAUCCGCCGGAGGAGCGCGCGUACGAAAUAUUAAAAGCAGAACUUAUUAAACGCCUUAGCUCAUCGCAGGAGCAUAAGACGCGUCGCUUACUCGAGCACGAGGAGAUCGGCGACCGCAAGCCAUCACAAUUUUUGCGUCAUCUUCGUAGCCUCGCCGGCAACGUUGUCGGCGAUAAAGUAUUGCGAACGAUUUGGCUGAGCCGCCUACCCGCUCAUAUUCAGCCGCAUCUAGUGACGCGAACGGAAGAUUCGCUGGAUCAGGUGGCGGACAUCGCGGAUACGAUUAUGGAAGCGACGCGUGUCCCGCCGUUGCAGGUCGCGGAAACGACGCCGUCUUCAUUUUCGCGCAGCGCAGGACAGGACGACGCGACAUCCUUAGAAGCAAAAAUUAACUUGCAAUUAGCGCAGAUGCGCUUAUCGAUGCAACAAGAGAUGGCAGAGCAGCUGACGGCCAUUCGAAAAUCUAUUGAGGCGAUCGGCGAGCUCGAGCGGGGCCGUAGCCACGAGCGACGGUACACACGCCCGCGUUCGCGUUCGCGUUCUCGCCCGCGAGCUCAUGGCCAUGCAACCAAUGGUUUAUGCUACUAUCAUUGGCGUUUCGGCCCAGACGCCAGACGAUGCGAGGCUCCAUGCUCCUCACAACAGCAAACGGGAAACGCAACGGCCAGUCGUUAA